AUGUAUAAAUCAUGGAAUACUGUCACUAUUGCGACGCUCUUAUUCCUUGGUUUGUCAUUCGCUCGGGGUUUUUCUUCUGAGUUCCUGGAAUGCCAGCUGUUGAAAAACGGUACGGUUCCCCAGCUGACAGGAUGCCCUGAGGGUACGUUGUACGUCUCUGCGGUUGACGCGGAGGCAAACUUCACUACGGUCCAGGCGGCGGUCGAGUCUCUACCAGAGACAGGAAACGCAACCAUCCUGAUAGGUGCCGGAGAGUAUGAAGAACUCGUCAACGUAACGCGUACCGCGCCCCUCACUCUGCUAGGUCAACUCGAUCCAGAGACCGCGUUCCUUACAGGCUUAAAUGCUUCCUCACGCAAUCUCGUCCACAUCUUCAACACCACAUUCGUCGCCAACGGUAUCGACGACGCACAGACCGCUGUCCUCGUCGUGGCCCCCAAUUUCAACGGAUCGCUCAUCGGCGCUGGAACGGAUGGUGCGCCUCUGCAGCCCGAGUUCGGAAAUGUGGAUUUUAAGGCAUACAAUAUCAACUUCGAGAAUCGUGCGGCAGACUUUGCGAUCUCGCAGGCUUUGGCGAUCGAUAUCUCGUACGCAAAUGCCUCAUUCUACGGAUGCGCUAUCGCUAGUUUCCAAGAUACGUGGUAUACUGGACGCAAUGCGAGCACAUAUGUCGUCGACUCGGUUAUUUACGGCCAAACCGAUUAUCUGUUUGGCUUUGGGACUGCAUGGUUCGAGAACGUAACACUAGCGAAUCGUGCAUGUGGAGGUGGAAUUGCGGCUUGGAAGGGAAAUAAUCAGACCUUCGCACCGGGUAACAGAUAUGGUGCAUAUAUAUCUAAUUCGAGGAUCAUCCGCUCCCCCGACGCCAAUGCAACGACCAAUAUCACGGAACAGUGCUGGCUUGGUCGACCAUGGAACGAUUUUGCGACAUCUGUCUUUUUGAACGUCUUUAUGGAAGACAUCAUACAGCCGCAAGGUUUCGAACCUUUCGAUUCUGCGAGACCAACUAUCAUGAACACGACGUACUACGCGGAAUUCAACUCACACGGUCCGGGAGGAAACACUAGCGCUCGCGUCUCUGACCAUAUUCUUACGGAAGCAGAUGUCCUCGAGAUGAACUUUACGGUCGACGGAGUGUUUUUGGAGCAUCCUGCUUGGAUUGAUUUUGAGUAUUCUUCCACAUGA